GCCUUCCAGACGCGGCGGUCGCCUGCCCCGCGCUGCUUGCACGGACGGAGGGACGGAGGGAGCUCCGACCAUGGGGUCCCGGGCGCUACUCUGUGCCGCGGCGCUGCUGUGCUGCCCGCUCUCGCCGCCCGCCGGUGCGGCCGCUGAGUCGCGGCCGGAGCUCGGGAGGGGCGGGCCCGAGAGGGGCGCCGCGCCCCUGCCAGCCUUUCCAAAUAACAGCAGCAUAGCACGUGUCAGAAGUUUUGCACUCUUUUCUUCUGUCAGUCACUCUGAUGACCUUAUACCUAUUGAAGGUGAUACAGACAAUGACUUGGAAGUUGGAUCAGGAGCCACCAAUCAGACUGGAUUAUUCCCACGUGAACAACGAAUGGUGUCCGUUCAAACAUAUAGAUACCUCACUAGUCCAUGGCUGACCCGUUUUGUUCCUUCAGUUUACACCUUCGUGCUUGUGCUGAGUCUCCCUCUGAACAUCACAGCAAUACUUGUGUUUCUGAAAAAAAUGAAAAUUGAAAAGCCAGCUGUAAUUUACAUGCUGAAUUUGGCCCUGGCAGAUGUCCUGUUUGUGAGCGUGCUUCCUUUCAAAAUUGCUUAUCACUUCUCUGGAAAUGACUGGGUUUUUGGACCUCAGAUGUGCCGUUUCAUCACUGCUGCCUUCUAUUGUAACAUGUACUGCUCAGUAAUGCUUAUGACAAGCAUAAGCUUCGAUCGCUUCUUAGCAGUGGUGUAUCCCAUGCGGUCUCUUGGGUGGCGCACAUUAACACGUGCCUCUCUGAUUUGUUUCAUCAUAUGGCUUGUAGCAAUAAGCGGGGUUAUACCUUUCCUCAUCAGAGAGCAAACAGUGGAAAUACCCAGGUUAAAUAUAACUACUUGCCACGAUGUGCUAAGAGCAUCUGAACUUCAUGGCUAUUACCUCCACUUCUUCUCCAUCUUCUCUUCUGUGUUUUUCAUAGUGCCAUUUAUCAUUUCUACUGUCUGUUACGUGUGUAUCAUUCGAUGUCUUAGUUCUUCUACCAUUGUUGCAAAGCAAAAUAAGAAGACACGCGCAUUGCUCUUGUGUGUUGCUGUUUUUUCUGGUUUUGUUAUUUGCUUUGGACCAACAAAUGUCCUCCUAUUAAUUCAUUAUAUCCAUUUUUCUUAUGACAACAGCUUAGAGUAUCUCUACUUUGCCUAUCUACUCAGUGUUUGUAUCAGUAGUGUUAGCUGUUGCAUUGACCCCUUUAUUUACUACUAUGCUUCUUCUCAGUAUCAGAGGCAAUUUUUCAGUCUCUUCAAUUGUAAAAAGACUUUUGAUCCUAACAGUAGUAACAGCAGUGGCCAGUUGAUGUCUACCACUAGUAGAAGGGCUACGUUGUCUACUAAUGUGAAUAACAGUGUUUACAGGAAAUUACUAGCAAUGCAUUGAGAUAAUGUAUCUUAUACAUGUUUAGUUUUUACACAAUUUCAGACAAAAAAAACACUUGUGUUAUAUCCCAGACAUGCAAAACCGUAGACCAUGAUGUUGUAUGAUACAUAGUGCUGUAUUCAUUAUACUAAUUCACAAUUCAAAUUAAAACUCUGUGUGUAUACAUAUAGUAUAUGUAAAUAGGUUCACAUAAAGGGGAUAAUAGUUGUUGAAUGUUUUUCAAAUAAACUUCUUUUUAGACAAA